UCUCAACCACUACGCUCUUCGACAUUUCCCGCAGAUCCGUGGAAACCUUUCUCGCGGACCAGCCAAAGGUCUCAGCCCGAUAGCUGGCGACUAUUCCUCGAGUCCAACGGGAUCAGUGAACCUCGAGAAGAAGGAGGAUCCGGAAGAUUUCCCCGAGUGCGAAACGUCUCGAGAAAAGUGGGUUGCGGUUCUCCCACGUAAAAUCGAUCCCCCACCUUUUGCGUCCCGUCAUCCAGGAGUCCGUCAGUGGCGCAUCGUGCACGUCUUACAGAGGGUCCUCGUAGUCUGGCACGGAUCUCGUGAUCCUCGAAACACAGUAUUCCAAAGUGUCGGCCUGGGUGGAUCGAAAUCGAAAGUCGAACGCGAAAGGAGGAACCCUGUGACAAGAGUAAGGAAGAAUGCCCGGUGCCGGUGGCCAACCACCGCAGAGGACCACCUUCAGGCCGCCAUGGGUCAAGGAUGGUCCCAACCCUCUGCCUAUGCCUACCGCGCCAUGGACCCUCAAUUCCAGGAGAGACUCCAAAUCCAAGUCUGACGAACCACCGGCCUUCACACAAGUCACCCUUAAAAGUGUAGCGAAACCGGAAGUGAAGCAACCCCCGGCGGAAGUGCAGCCGCGGAAACAGAGUAAAAUCACAAUAAUCCCGUCGCAGCCGAAAAUUGAAAAGAAUACAAGCAGUCAACCAACGAAAAUUGAAAAGAAUACAAGCAGCCAACCGGCGAAAAUUGAAAAGAAUACAAGCAGUCAACCAGCGAAAAGUGAGAAAAAUACGAGUAGUCAACCAGCGAAAAGUGAGAAAAAUACGAGCAGUCAGCUGACGAAAAGCGGGAAAAAUACGAGUAGUCAACCGGUGCCGACGAAGAUCCGCGAGAAUGGACGACAAGAGCCAAAUUCGAGGCCACAGCUCGAACGACAGGUUCGAAUCGAGAGGUCUCGAUCUCGAGGUGACACUAUACCUCUCUCCAAGAGUGAGAGCACCACAGGCGCACCGACGCUAUCGAAAAGCUCUUCGAGGGCAGCGAUCCCGCCACCGCCGCCUCCGAGACCACCUCCACCGCCUCCAGCCAGGGCGAUCCUGAAGGAUCUUCCUCCUCUCAGCGAAUCGCAACACGAGAAACUGGAGAUGUUGAAGUCAAGGCCACGGAAACGUCCCGACUGGGCGUGCAUGAUGAAGGAGGUCGAGAGCGGAAGGACCUUAAGGCACGUUCAAUGCAACGACAGGAGCGCACCUCUGAUCGAGAGGGUGAACAAGGUCACAGCUGAUCCAGCAGGGAAGGCACAGUUUGUGUUCGAAUCCGAAAAGUCGAACAUGCAUAACCAAUUGCUGAAGCAGAUACAACAGGGUGUACCGCUGAAGAGGGUGCAGACCAACGAUCGAUCGAGACCGAUGUUGGAGGGUCUGAGGAAGUUCCGGAGGCAAAUGACGAUAGAGGAGCAAAUGCAGAAGGCUGAUGAACCCACCGAUGAUUCCGUUUCGGACGACAUGGACGACAUUGAUGCAGUAAGGGACGACUUGCAAAGCACCAAACAAAUGCUUGCUCUGGAACUUAGAAAUAAGGAAGCUUUGGAAAGGGAAAACAAGAGAUUACAACAAAGGAUCUUGAAUCUAGAGGCCGAAGUCGACCGGGAGAAAUCGAAAAAGAAUUUGGAAGAUCACGGUAAACACGACGAGAAACUCACGGAAUCUUUGAAACAGACGGCUCUGCAAGCUCGAAAAGAUGCAGAGAGGCUUGAAAAAGAAUAUAUCACCGUGGCAGAGGAAAGGGACAAAAUGAAGAAUGAAUUAGAAGAAAUGAGAAGAAUGUAUGCCACUUUAGAAAGGCGUAUGAAAGCUGAGCAAGAGCUUGAGGCUGAACCGGUAAUAGAGCUAGCAGACGAUAGCGACGAGGCGACUUGGUACUUGGUUUCAGGAAUGGCAUUAGCCGGUUGUCCAAGCGCGAAAGAUGUCGCGAAAAUUGCUUCUCAAAAAAGCAUAGAUAAGAAAGAGCCGAGCGAAAGUGAGGAAGAAGAAGAAGAAGAAGAAGAAGAUGAAACUACGGAAGAUGAAGAAGAAGAAGAGAAAGAUCCGAAGGCUGCAACAGAAAAACGAUUACAGAGGGAGAUUAAACUUUUGACCUCUAAAAUUAGAAAUUGCAGCGAUAAGGCAGCAAAUGCUAAGAAAGAGCGACACGCAUUGAAAGAUCAAAUUAAACAGCAACAAAAAUUACUGAAAGAGGAGAAAAAGAAAUUUAAACGUCUUCAAAAAGAAGUUGACAAAAUGGCAAAACUAAUGUCAGAAAAUGAUGAUGAAGAUGAAGAAGACGAAGAGGAAGAAGAAGAUGAAGAAGAAACAGAAUCCGAAGAGUCUGAAUCAGAGGAAUCAGAGGAGGACGAAGAAUCAGAGACAGAAGACGAAGAUGACUCAUUGGAAGGCCAAAGAGAUGCAUUACAGAAAAAAGCUAAAAAGCACGAAGGACGUUUAGCUGCAUUGAAGAAGGGUAACUACUUAUUAAAAGCACAAGUCGAUAGACUGAAAGAUGAUUUAGGAAAGCAACGAGAAGAAAGUCUCUCUCUACAAGAGGAUCUUGACUCUGUCUUAGCAGAAUUAGGUUAAGUUAAUGUUAGGUUCGGUGAAAUAUUACUAUGGACAAUUGUAUACAUAUACAUAUAAGUAUUACAUAUAAAAAUAUAGAAAACUUUGUCUGGGAAAGCAGACGCACAGACUACUACACGCACACUCACCUAAAUGCUUUUUGUAGAAAAUCUUACACUCUGACAGAAUUUUUUGUUCAUUCGUCUGCAGCGUAUAAAUCUACAAUUUUUUUGAAUAUCGAUUGGUAAACGCGAUAGUUUGUUUUUCUCUAGUAACUAUGGUAAAUGUUACGUAACGAACGCAAAGAGAAAACAUUAAAACAUGUGUAUCGAUCAAAACAAAAGACAAUCGCCGACGUGCAAAUUUUAUAUAUUAGCUAACGUAUCGGGCGUACUUUUGCAGAUGUAACGAGUAUAUGAAACUAUUGAUAUAUCGCUUUUUUUGCUAUCACGUUGUAAAAUAUUUUUUAAUAAAGACGAUCAUUAGUUGACGACAAA